AUGGACGGCUCUAUUCCAACCCCAAUUCAAACUUUAGUUCUACUCUUCACACUCGAUGCCGUCAAGUCUUCCAUAUGCGCCUUCAUAAUACGCCGAGCUAAUGUGGUACAAAUCUCUGCUAGCGGUAUUCCUCCAGACUCGUAUUCUGUUACCGGCACUGAGUCAGGAGGUAUACUUAAGGGACUGAAUACUAUCGUUUAUGCCUAUGGAGACUCGUUACUGUUCGCCAAUCUAUUGGGAGAGAUGAAAAACCCCUCAGACUUCUACAGAGUAUUGCUUAUGGCAGUGGCUUUAGUAUAUGCUGUUUAUGUGUUCUUUGGAACCUUCAUUUACUCAUACUAUGGCCAGUACACUUAUAAUCCAAUUGUACAGGGUAAACCCACAUCGAUUCUCAUGUCUCGCAGAAAGAUAGCAGCAAACGCUGUGGCGGUCAUGAGCUCUCUGAUAAUUGCAGUGCUAUAUGCAAACAUCGGAGUCAAGAUUAUCUACGUCGAAGUUCUUCAUAAACUGCUUGGAUUCCCAGCGUUAAGAAGCCAGAGAGGCAGAUGGUUCUGGGCUGGUUCUAUUGCAUUGUACUGGACUUUUGUAUUCCUCAUAGCAGCUUUCGCACCGAGUUUCUCUUACAUUAUAUCUUUUCUCGGCGCAUGGAUCAUGCUAUCAUACGCCUUUCCUGCCCUCAUGGCUCUUGCAUACUGGAUGCAAAAGGACAUUAUCACUGCAGAUAAUCAACACAUAUCCAUUAGCGGCACCAGUACUAGCACCAACUACGGCUUUCAGGACUGGAAGAGAAGUUUCAGAAGAAGGCCAUUUUUUUUCGCUGCGAAUAUUCUACUGUUUGGGAGCGCAUUCACGUUAUUCGGGUGUGGUAUGUAUAGCGCAAUCGUGGAUGCGCUACAUCAGGAGAAAGAUGGAAGUCGCAGAGGUCUUACGUGCAAAGGGCCUAUGUAA